CAGAAGGCAAGCAUAAAGAACAUGUAAUUAAUCCCACGGGUGUCAAACAGCGGUAUAUAGUAGAGUUCUAGAGGAAUGAAGUUCUCAUUUCACAAACCUACACUUGGUGACGGACAGUUAGGCAGUACUGUAUAUACACUACUACAGAGUGCUUUUAAAGUCUUCACUUCGUUUGACAUUUUACUUAUAACAUAGUUACACCCAUCAGUACAUAAUAUUGACGCGUUUGUGACGCUUGCGACAAUAUUACAUCAUUAUCACGUUGGAUGAAUAGAUGGAUCACCGCUGAAUCUCUCCUGGGAGAAAACUGUUUUUCAAUUGAGUAUUAUAAACAGCAGUUUGAUUGUAAAUAAAAACACGAAAAUAUUGGAAUAGUUUCACUGAAGCUACGUGAUAAAAACUCGGAUUUUAUUUUAUACUUAAGUUUGGCUUAAUUUAUCUUACUUCGAAGAUGUGCGUGUUGUCCCAUAGUAUAUUGUCUGUUUUGGUGCUGUGUAUCGCUGUAUCACUGCCUACGCAAGGGGUUUACAUCCCUAUAGGUACCUCCACGCGAAGACGUCAUCGAGGUGGUAAACAAACAGUAAGGACAAACUCACAGGCCGCUGAAAACAACAGACCAGGCGAGGAAACAGAAAGCCGGACAGUAUUUGAAAGAACACUAGUUUUGUGCAACAAUGACGAUUCUUGUCAAAAAAGAGAGUUCUGUCACGGAGGAGAAGGACACAAGUCUUGCUUGCCAUGUAGGAAACCAGGCCGCCGUUGUCAUAGGAAUGCCAUGUGUUGCCGUGGUAACGAAUGCGUAGAUGGUGUUUGUCGCUCAAAGAAAACAUCAGAAUCAGCUAGAAACGAGGAUCUCGAAGACGAAAGUAGUAUUGCUCAAGAAACAAAGGCUAACAUGUAUAGACUUCAAGAAAAUGAUCGCUGUGAGAAUUCUAUUGAAUGCGACGAUGGUCUGUGCUGUGCCCGACACUAUUGGUCCAAAAUCUGCAAACCAAUCCUCGUAGAGGGCGAUGUUUGCACAAAAAAGCGGAAUCCAAUUGAUCUGUUCCAACGCUGUGACUGCGGACCCGGAUUGGCCUGCAAACGUAACGUAAAUCCUCAGUUGCGUCUCCAUUACUGUCAGGCUGUGAAAGUGAAAGAAUCCGAAGAGCCCUCAAAGUCAAAAGUUUCAGAUAACAGCAAUCAAGAUUCUCACAUAAGAAAGAUUGUCGGCAGUAGUAAAGAAAUCUACGAUAUUGAUCAUGGACUGUCGGUGACCACAGAGAAGGGCAAAGUGGGCCUAUCAACCGAUAUUUUGCAAGACUUAAUAAUCCAAUAGGUAGAUAGAUUCUAGUCUAUCCUAAUUUGUGUAACUUAAAUGAUUAAAAUAAAUCCCAAUUGUAAUUAUCUUAAAUUUGUAUAUAAUAACUUAGUGCUGGUAUGUACAUAAAAGAGAAUUUUUUAUGGAACAAAAAUCAUGGUUUUGAGAUUUUGUAUUUAAUUGUAUAAGAAUAAAACUAAUGAUAUGUAAAUAAUCAUGUGUGUUAUAUGACUUCUGACCCCCUUGUUUUGGGAUAUAUGGCAUUUAUGUUGAAAAUUACAUAAAGUUAUCGUAUGAUACAAAAACAAAAAGUAAAACUAAAUAUAUAUUAUAUAUAUAUUCUAACUUUAUUAUUUUUAUUGUUUUGUAGUUAUCAUCAGAGUGGUAACCCAGAGUAAAUUAUUAGAUUGUUAACAACAAAUGUAUUGUUUCUUUUUUUAUUUAUAUUAUUGUUUACGUUCAUUUGGUUAAAAUUUGAUAUUACAUUGUUUAUGUUAUGUUCUUUAACGUACGUUAAUCAAGUUCAUUUAGCAUAAAGCUGUAGGGCUUUUUUCACUUUUUCUGAAUACAUUAUUAGGGCCUAACUAUGUUCGUUUUUUUAUUUAGGUUGCUCUUUCGUUCUUACAUUUUGUUAGAAAAUAUAAAGCAUUAUUUAUUGUUCAUUUUGAUCGGAAAUAUUAAACGUUAUUUAUAUUUAUAUUAUUAAUUUUCUUAGUUACCGUACUUUAUAAACCUAGGAAUUCAGAACAAUUCUUGGUAACGAAAAACUCGGAUAGGCCAGGGAAAUUAAAUCGUGAUAUGUUAUGGAAAUAUUAUUCAUGAUGGAGGGAUUUUGUGUAAUAGUGCAACUUUUAACGAUGCCUGGGGUACGAUGAUACACGCCUUUCAAUUAGAAUUACACUCGUGUGUUAUUUAGAUCCAUGCCCAGGUUCGUAAUCCGAUAAUGAAAGAUUUUAGUUUAACUCACUGAAGCCAUUACCGGCAUAAGCCCUGUUAGAUGGUAGCGUAAUAGGCCUACAAAGGAUAUAAAUGAAAGUUCUAUGCCCAUUCAUCUGGGUAAUCGAUAAAUUUAAUGGUUUAAAAGAGAAAAAAAAACAACCUGUGCAAAAAAAGAAUAUAGGCAUACAAGUUUGUUGUUUUACGUUGCCUCACUUGUUUUUUAUAAGCAGACGGUAAAAUGUUGCUGUAUAUAUAAGUUAAUAAAUAUGAAACUUUGAAAGAA